AUGUCCCCCUUUUUUCAACUACCCCGGGAGUUACGAGAUCUGAUUUACGACUACUAUGUCCGCUGCGAUGGUGGCUACGUGUACGAUGUGGAAGCGCGGAAAUUUCGACAGGCUGAUGGCGGUCCUGUUUUUAACGCACUGGCCUUGACAUGCCGACAAGCUGCGUUCGAGCUUGAAGGACUGGCUUUCCAAGUGAAUACGAUCACAUUUUCAGCGGCCUAUACGGAAUCACUGCGU